ACGUCAUUAUUCAUCACCAGGAGAUAGAAAACCCCAUCACACACGGCCACAAUCCAGCCUCACUGGAAAACAACAAUGCAGUCACAAAUGAAGUCAACCCAAAGACAAAGAGGACCGGGGUGCUGGGAGUUAUGCAGCAAGUCAAUCCUUUCAAGUCGACGCCGCCGCUUCCGCCCAGAGUCGGCAACACUUCCUCUUCAGAGUCACUCGAACAAGGGACAGACUCCACACAGAAUCCUGGUAAACUGAAGGGAGUGAUGCAGAAGGUCAACCCAUUCAAAUCUACCUCCCAGGUUUCAAAAGCUCCGUCCUCUGAGUCACUGGGGCAGAGCAGAGCUUCAGACUCUAAUCAGAACCCCGGUGUGUUUAAAGGAGUAAUGCAGAAAGUCAACCCCUUCAAGUCGUCCGCACAGUUGCCAAAGACUGAUCCUCAGGAAGACUGUGCAGAUCCACAAGAGACUGGAAGAGAAAAUCCGGCCAAACAGAAUCCAGGGAUGAUCUCGGGCAUGAUGCAGAAAGUAAAUCCGUUCAAAUCCUCGCAGCCAAAAGAUUCUCGACCUCUGCACGGUGACCUUUCCUCCAGCAGUGGAAGCUUAGAGAACAAUAAUCUGCCAGAGAAGCAGAACCCCGGGAUGUUUAAAGGCAUGAUGCAGAAAGUCAACCCCUUUAAAUCUCACACACAGACGCCAGUGGAUGAAUGUCAGACCGACUCUGUGGGUCCCGACACGAGCUCCUUACUCCAGACGCAGGAAAUUCAAGACCUUCACAGCGAGAACUCGUCCAGCUCUGAAAGUCUGGACGACAGUGCCAUAGAGCGACAUUCUACCUGGUAUGUAGAUUCCAACACCAGCUCAGACGUGAAGAAUCCAGCACCAGUGGAGGUGCCAAAGAAGCGAACCAUGACUUUCAGAAUAAAGCGGAUUCUGCCCCAGGCUCUGUUUGGCUCAAAGGGUUCUGAACCAGCAUCAGGAGACGUAUUACCUGAGGAGGCCGUUGAAGUUGAGACUCUACACCUGGCUGAAGUACCGGUGCCCCUUGAAGGGACAACUCUGGACCCUCUGGACGAUGAAGAAGGACUCUUGGCAUGGUGGAGAACAGUUGACGGAUGGGACGAGUGGAACGCAACAAACCAGGACGAUGAACCUGAAGACGUGGUGGAAGAAGCGGCUGACCGCGUCUUCAUGGCGGCUCGUCUUUUUGUCCGUUUUUUCAACCAGCGCGGCGCCACGCUCCAGCAGCGCAUCCUGGAACUCUUGGCUUUGGCCGACAUGGCCGACAGUUUUCAUAAGAAAACGGUCACGGCCAGCGUCGGCGGGGGUGUGGCCAGCAUCGCCGGGUCCAUCACGACCAUCACCGGCCUCAUCUUGGCGCCGUUCACCGCAGGAACUUCGCUCAUCGUCACGGCCGUGGGGAUUGGCGUCGCCACAGCAGGUGGGCUGACGUCGGCCUCCGCCAACAUCACGGACACGGUCCAUUCAAAGACGGACCGCAAAAAGGUGGAGAAGAUGAUCCAGGACUAUGAGGAGGAGAUGAGGGACAUCAAGGAGUGUCUUCAGUUUCUGCAGGACGGUAUGGAGACGCUUGAGGAGUGGGACUUUGAGAAGUACGCUGACAGCAUCUCGAAGAAGCACCUCAACCAGAACGUCAAACAUGUCAUGAAGGAGGGCGGCCGGGCCGGUAAGUCUUUGGUGAUCAACACCGAGAGCCUCAUCAACACCGUUCAAGUCCUGACCGUUGCCGGCGGGGCGGCUAAAGCAGCGCAGGUGAUGAGCGUCACCACUGGAGUGAUGUCGGGCCUCUUCCUGGCUCUCGACGUCUUUUUCCUGGCCAAGGACUCCAUGGAGCUGAGGAAGGGAGCCAAGACCGAGUUUGCUGCUAAAAUACGCGAGGUUUGCAAGAGCCUGCAGGACGGGCUGCUCCAGCUGAACAGCGUCAAGGAGCAGCUGCAGAAAACGAUGGACGGGAUCGAGGUGGAGGUGGAAGAAGAAGAAGACGAAGAGCAACUGAAGUCUGAUCUGAAGAAACUUGUGGAGCUUGAAGAGGAUUAUUGACCACAACAAAAAAAACACCAGUUUUCACAAUCACUGCCUUUAUUUAAUGACAGCUGUACUUUCGCUUAGCAGCUUUGUAGUGCAUAUUUAUUGUUGUAGUCAUUUUAAUUAUUUCAUUAAAGGUUACCAUAUUUUAUUGUGACUAUGCUAUUAAAUGUUUUUUUGAAAUAAAGGUUUUUCCUUGUUCCUUA